AUGACAAAGAAGACCGUCCCUCUGAGUCAAAUCUUCGAACAUGCCGUCAACGAACUGAACAGCGCACCUCAAAUCAAAAGUUUCGACACUCUUUCUAAGAUCGUCCAUGACAUCCCCCAAAGCGCAGCCCCUUUAAGAAACCAAAUUGUGACUAAGAUGAAAGCAUUUUAUAACAACUUCCUCCCAAGUUUGGAAAUGUAUUAUGUGUUGUGUUUAAUGGACCACAUCGUUAAGAGAGAAAACAACUUCCGACUUCAAAUGGUUAACCCUGAUCUGUUGGAGUGGUUCGAGUGCAUUGCAAACUUCGAAAAAUCAAAGAAGAAGAAAAGGAUUGACAUUGUCACGGACAAAAUGAUGCGUAUCGUGCAGACGUGGGGCGUACUCUUUCCAAAACAACUUUUCGACUACACAAAUAUGUACAUGAAAUAUAAGAAGAAAGGGGUGACCUUUGUCUUACCCGAGCCAACCGACUUUGAACUGUAUAUACACCCCGACAACGGGCUUGGAAAUUGUAUAGAAAAAAUCACAGAGGCUAUACUUAUGAUCGACGACGCGUUAGAUCAUAUUUAUGACACUCACCACAUCAAAUCUGCUAAAAUUAUAAUCCAACACGCUCAGAUGGUUAAAUCACAACUGGAACAAUAUUCCAAGAAUUUCAAACAGUCAAACGAAAUCGACGAACAGCAGAGUUUCCAAAUGAUCGAGUCGCUCUCCCUCAUCGAGUCCAAAAUCGCGAAACUUGAAGGCGCAAUUCAAAUCGUUAAUCCUGACAGCGAAAUCACAAAAACAGUUUCGAUGCUUCAAUGCGACAAAAUGGACCAAUCAACACAACCACAAGGAGUUAGAGUACACUCGCUUACAUCUUCCUCAAAAACUGAAUUCAAAGAUACAAACUCAAUCAACGACGAACUGGUCGGUUUGGUCGACUUGAAGCCAAAGCGCACGUCUAAGGUUUUCUCGUUUAUUGGAAGUGUCAGAAAGAGAAGAGCAACUGCGUGUGUCGUUGACAAAGACGGCUGA